AUGGAUCCGCUUGAUGAAACAAGUAGCUUACUGCCUGCAAGGAGUACAAUCGAAGAGGUUCCUGAAGGGGAAUAUGAAAUCUCGUUGGAAAAGAAAUAUCACGAACAUAACUUAUCUCUACCAAAAGUUCCUAUAUUAUCAUCAUUAUGGUUAGGUAGUUUUUUUAGUUCGCUGGAUAGUACCAUUGUCGCAAAUAUAAUGAACAGAGUCGCCGAGGAAUUCGCAGAAUCUGAUAAGAAACAAUGGAUCGCAACGAGCUUCCUCUUAACUAAUACCGCAUUUCAACCUUUGUAUGGGAAACUAUCUGAUAUAACAGGUAGAAAAUUUGCUGUUCUAACUGCUCAUUUUUUCUUUGGGCUUGGUUGUCUCUUGACAUGUUUUGCUCAAAAUGUUACUCAAUUCUCCAUUGCAAGAGCUAUUUGUGGUAUGGGUGCCGGUGGAAUCAAUGCAAUGAGUAGUAUUACUACCAGUGAUAUUUGUACCACGAGGGAACGUGGUAUAUUUCAAGGUUAUGCAAAUAUCGUGUUCGGAAUGGGUCAAGUGUUAGGUGCACCUCUAGGUGGGUUAUUUUUGGAUCACAUUGGGUGGAGAACCUUAUUUGGGAUCCAAGUUCCCAUGAUUAUGUUCUGCUCGUAUUUAACAAUUACUAAUGUUAACAUUAAACUAUUACAUGUCCCGCCAAGAAAGGAAAGGUUUACGUGGAAGAAUCUUUCAAGAAUUGAUAUAUUUGGAUCUCUCAGUCUAGUGGCCACGAUCAGUGGAAUCCUAUUUUUAACCUCUACUCAAUUAGAUAAACUUUUACUUUCGUUAUUCACUUUUAUUAGUUUCGGUUUGUUUAUGUGGAUCGAAUUGUACUAUGCCAAGGAAAGAAUUUUACCAUUCGACCUAUUAAAUGGUUCAUUCGGUCUAUGUUCUGUUGUUACUGUAAUUUCAUCCUAUGUUGUCUUUGGUGAUAUAUUCAGAUCACCUAUUUAUCUACAACUGAUCCAAGAUAUUUCAGUGACGAAGACGGGUUUAUUCUUAAUUAUACCAUCUAUUGCAAUGGCUGGUGGUUCAUUAGUUACAGGUUGGAUAUUAAGGAAUACCACUAAGAAUCUAUCACAUUGUGCGUAUGGUAUUAUAUUGUCUGGUGUCAUUAUUCAACUUGCUGGACUUGUCAUAGCAUAUUUGUUGAUUGGUCACUUGAAUCCAUCUUUAAACCAACUUGGGAAUGUUUUCAAUAUUGCUAUGGAAAAUUUUACUUCUGGCUCAAGGACGUGGAAAGUAAUAUUUGUCUUCUCAUUACUUUUGGGUUCUUAUGGUUAUUCGAGUAUAUUAGUUGCAACUUUGGUAAGCAUUGUUUUCACCAUUGAAAAAUCACAACAAGGUACUAUGACAGGUAUUUUCUAUUUAUGGAGAUCCAUUGGUAACGUCCUCGGUGCAUCUUUGACUUUAGUUCUGUAUAGAAAUACACUAGCUAAAAGGCUAUGGAUCUAUAUGUUUGAAACAGAGAAUAAACCAGAUUCAUAUAUUUUUACAAAAGACCAGUACUAUAACUUAAUCCGUGAUUCUGGUUGUUUAAGAAGGGUUAACUUCCCAAUAGAAACAUUAAAAUCUCUGCUUAACAUUUAUCGUGGCUCAUUCUUGAUUUCAUAUAUUCCGAAUAUUGCAUUAAGUGUAUUAGGAAUUAUGGUUGCAUGUGUUCUUCUUAGAAAGUAUGCUAAUGCACAUGCUUAA